CAACCGUCUCCAGCCUCCUCCCACCCCACCCCAUCUCCUCCCUCCCGCGGAAGGGCAGAAGCAAAACCCCCCGGCGAUCCCCGCCCCACGCGUCCCGGAGAUCCCGCGACCCGGCGCGCGGCGCGCGGCGCCGCGGAGGGCGAGGAGGCGGCGGCGGGUUCGACAAGGAAGGGCCUCUCCGCGGCGGCUCGGGGGUGUCUUCUCCCGCGCGCUUCGUCCUAGGCGGCGCUCUCGAGGUACAUAUUGGCUGCUGCAGCGAGCUCGUUUCCUGAGGUUUACAUUGAUGUGGUUUGUUCUGCAAAUUUCUAUUCUUCAUGGAUGCCUGUAAGAGCGAUGUGAAGAAGGCUACUCUUCUUGAUGAGACUCUAAGACCACCUCUAGUUCCAUCGGAGAAGCACAAUGCUUUCCGUGGGAAGGAUGUUGCAUCCAGGUACAAAACUGGUCUGGCUGAUGCCGCUAAGACAAGAAGAUGCACAUCACCAAGUCUUGGACGGACAUCAGCAACUGAAGGCACACCAGCACCCAAAAGAGCACAAUCAGCAGAUAGAAGAAGACCGUCAACACCUUCAACACCUUCCUCUCGGGUCUCAACACCUAUGCCUACGCCAAGGUCUAUCACACCAGUUCGUGAUACUGCCAGAGACUUACACAAGAGCUCCAAGCGUAUAGCCAGCACAAAGGCUCAUGAUGGCUUGUGGCCAGCAAUGCGUAACUUAUCUUCCUCCUUCCAGUCGGAAUCUAUGGCUACACCUGCUAUUAAAAAAGAUAAGGUAAUCUCUGCCUCAUCCUUGGAUUGUACCAAGGGUGAGGUCAGUGUUCUAACUGAGAGGAAGAGAAGCCCUUUCAGAAGGAAAAAUAUUGCUGAACAAUGUGAGAAUGCCCAACCUUCAGAGGAGCCCUCUAAGAGGGUAAUUGAGCAACAUAGAUGGCCAGCCAUGAUAGGUGGGCAGGUGCCAAAGAAUCUCAUGUCAAGAAGUAUUGACCUUUCUGACAAAGCUACCAGACGGGUCUCUUCGGCAAAUACUUCAAGAGGCCUUUCACCAAGGAGGACCCCUUCUGUUGAAUCUUCAGUCAAAGGGUUAAACCCGUCAUUGGAUGAAGUGGCAAGAAGUUUGGCUAUUCAGGCAAGCAGAAGCGAUGACAAGGUAGACUCGCAGAAAACAGAGAGAUCUAAAUCUGUGAGCCGACCAAACAGAACAGCUACUUUUCCUGUCCCAAUUCUACAACGCUCAUCAUCCCCAAACAAGGUGUUGUCAGCUGCAUCCUCAACUUCCAGGGCCUUUCAGAGCCCAUCUCGGACAAGGCCUUCAACACCCUGUUGGUCCCAAAGUGCUGGAGCUAUUCAAGCUAGUGUUACAUCUCCUCUUAUUAACUACAUGGUUGAUGCGAGAAAAGGAAAGAAAAAUGCGAGCCAAAUUGAAAACAUCCACCAACAGCGUUUAUUGUACAAUAGACAUUUGCAGUGGCGCUUUAUAAAUGCUUAUGCAGAAGGCACUAUAUCUUUUCAAAAGGCCGCUGUUGAGAAUACCAUUUAUAAUGUUUGGAGGAAUACUAUAAACCUGCGAGAUUCUGUUAAUACAAGAAGAAUAAUGAUGCAGCACCUUCAGCAAGAACUUAGGCUGUACAACAUUCUGAAAGAACAGAUUGCUUACCUUGAACAAUGGCCUACACUGGAAAGGGAUAAUAGUAUCUCUUUGUUUGGGGCAACUGAGGCUCUGAAAGCAAGCACCCUGCGGUUACCUGUUACAUCGGGAGCUAAGGUUGAUGCAAUUGCUCUCAAGAAUGCUGUAAGCUCAGCUGUUGAUGUCAUGCAAGGUUUGGGUUCAUCUGUUUGCUGCAUGCUUUCAAAGGUCACAGACAGGGAAUCCUUGGUUUCAGAACUCUCUGUCAUAGCAGGGCAAGAAAAGGUCAUGCUUGAUGAAUGCAGAGAACUCUUAGCUACAGCUGCAAAAUUGCAGGUGCAGGAGUCCAGCCUACAGACACAUCUUAUGCAACAGAGACACAGGCUUCAUGAUAUGAAUUAAGAAGUUAAUCAAGAUUUACAGGUACAACUGCUCAAGUUGAACCUGCAACUUAAGAAAAUAUCGUGCGAAUUGCAAGAGGAAUCUGUACAGAUGAAGCAAUAGGAACAAAACAAAUUGUUAAACAUCCCCUGGAGAUCAUGGUGUGAUGCUGUGCAGCUAACUCCCCACAGGCCACAGUGUGUAGAUAUCAUAGGUUUACUUAAAAGACCCUCAUCGUAUGUAAAUGGUUUUGACCAUAUAGAGCACUCCCAGCUUUUCUAGUCCUUUCUUAUUUUUAUUCGUUGUAUAGAGUGGAGCCCUCUUCUUUCCCAUUGUAUUUUUUGGCAUCAGGAAAGAAAUACAUUGAUGAAAUGGAUGGGCAAAGAUGGAGAAUUUGUUUCAAUUUUCCUUUUUAGAAACCUGUAAGAUUUUGUAGCUGCGCUCUCUUUGUAGCGGCGUAAAUAACUUAAAAAGUUAUCUGUUGAGUGCUGACAUCUUA